AUGCCGAUCACCAGCGAUAUCACCCUUAAUGUCUCCAAGUUCCAGCCAGAGAACGUCACAGAGUCAACAAAGAAAGCUGCCGCUCUUCUGGAAAACAUCACCACCACUGGGCCUCGAUGGUGGGAAGUAGAUAUCGAAAAAUAUCGUGAGAUGAGGGAGCUUGGUCAGACGUCGCUGCCCAGGCCCGUUUAUCUACCCGCGGCUCUUGAUGGCACUAUUCCUUCGCGCCAUGCUGGCCGUGAGAUCUCCAUCCGUAUCUACAAGCCAGAUAAUGGCCAGCCCAGCAAAGGCAUCUUCCUGCACUUUCAUGGCGGCGGUUUCGUGCUAGCAACGCACAAACACUCCGAUAGCACCCUCCGGGAAUACGCCAACAAGUGCCAGCUAACGGCCAUUUCAGUCGGGUACCGCCUAGCCCCGGAACACCCCUACCCGGCUGCCAUGCACGAUGCCAUCGAUGCCGCUGAGUACAUGGUGGACCAUGCGGCAGAGGUGUACAAUGCUCCCCUCCGCUUUAUCGGCGGGGAAUCAGCAGGAGCCUGUCUCGCGGCUCAGUCAGCCCUGCAGUUGAUGCGGUCACGGCCGUCUUACAAACUGUCGGGUCUCGUUCUUCCUUAUGGCUUGUUUGAUCUAUCCCUCGGUCUUCCCAUGAUAGCGGCUUCCACCAAGCCCCUCAUGAUAAAUUUGGAAAUCAUGGAGCGGUUCAACAGCGCAUAUGUGCCGGGCAUGAGCACUGUCGAGCUCAAACUUCCUUGCGUGUCCCCGCUAUAUGAGGACCUCCCGGCACUGGUUGCGGCCUCUUCUGUUGGAUCAUUACCACCCGCUCUCUUCUUUUGCGGGACGGAGGAUCCGUUGCUUGAUGACACGAUCCUGAUGAGCUCUAAGUGGAGCAUUGCCGGUGGCGAGGCCAUCGUCAAGAUCUACCCUGGUGCCACUCAUGGGUUUACUGCGUUUCCUGGUCUGCCUGUAGCAGAUGAGGCACAUGCGGUGACACUGGAGUUCAUACAGGAGAAAUUGAUCGACUCGGCGUGA